CACACAUAUACACUCACCCUCACAUACGCACCCUCUCUCUCCAGUCAGCUCACAGGGUUCAGGGUGGCAGCAGGGAAUGAGGUGAACAUGAAGAGAACAAGAGACGACUUCCACUGCCCUCACACUUCACUGGAUGGACGUUGACUGGCCAGCACGAACCGGUUGUUACAGGUUGGCUGUGAAGUCAUGAGGUCAUCGUCCUCUCGUUUGUCGAGUUUUUCCUCAAAAGACUCCUUAUGGAACCGGAUGCCGGAUCAGAUAUCGGUGUCCGAGUUUCUCUCGGAGACGACGGAGGAUUACAACUCUCCCACCACGUCCAGCUUCACCACCCGCCUGCAGAGCUGCAGGAACACCGUCGGCGUGCUGGAGGAGGCCUUGGACCAGGACAGGACUUCACUGCAGAAGGUCAAGAAGUCGGUUAAAGCCAUCUACAACUCUGGGCAAGAUCACCUUCAGAAUGAGGAGACGUACGCUCAGGCACUGGAUAAGUUUGGCAGUAACUUCAUCAGCCGGGACAACCCUGAUCUGGGAACAGCGUUCGUUAAGUUCUCCACCCUGACCAAGGAGCUGUCCGCACUGCUCAAGAACCUGCUCCAGAGUCUAAGUCAUAAUGUGAUCUUCACGCUGGACUCUCUGCUGAAAGGAGACCUGAAAGGCGUGAAGGGGGAUCUCAAAAAACCCUUUGACAAGGCCUGGAAGGACUACGAAACCAAAUUUACGAAGAUAGAGAAGGAAAAACGAGAGCACGCCAAGCAGCACGGAAUGAUCCGCACGGAGAUCACGGGCGCCGAGAUCGCUGAGGAGAUGGAGAAGGAGCGACGCCUCUUUCAGCUCCAGAUGUGUGAGUACCUGAUCAAAGUGAACGAGAUCAAGACCAAAAAGGGCGUUGACCUCCUGCAGAACCUGAUCAAGUAUUACCACGCACAGUGCAACUUUUUCCAAGAUGGCCUGAAGACAGCCGACAAACUCAAGCAGUACAUUGAGAAGCUCGCUGCUGAUCUUUACAAUAUAAAACAAACUCAGGAUGAGGAGAAGAAGCAGCUCACAGCCCUGAGGGAUCUUAUCAAGUCUUCCCUGCAACUGGAGCAGAAGGAGUCUAGGAGAGACUCUCAGAGCAAGCAGGGCGGCUACAGCAUGCACCAGCUCCAGGGUAACAAAGAGUUUGGCAGUGAGAAGAAAGGAUAUCUGAUGAAGAAGAGUGAUGGACUUCGAAAGGUGUGGCAGAGGAGGAAGUGCUCAGUGAAAGGAGGAAUUCUCACUAUCUCUCAUGCCACAUCGAACCGGCAGCCGGUCAAACUCAACCUGCUCACCUGCCAGGUCAAGCCCAGCGCUGAAGACCGGAAGUGUUUCGACCUCAUCUCCCAUAAUCGCACAUAUCACUUCCAGGCUGAAGACGAACAGGAGUUUGUGAUCUGGAUCUCAGUGUUAACCAACAGUAAGGAGGAGGCGUUGAACAUGGCGUUCAGAGGAGAGCAGACGGCAGGAGAGGACGGCCUGGAGGAUCUGACCAAAGCCAUCAUCGACGACGUCCUGCGCAUGCCUGGCAAUGAAGUGUGCUGCGACUGCGGGGCUGCAGAUCCAAAGUGGCUUUCGACUAACCUGGGGAUCCUGACGUGUAUCGAGUGUUCGGGCAUCCACAGGGAGAUGGGAGUGCACAUCUCUCGCAUUCAAUCCAUGGAACUGGACAAACUGGGAACGUCCGAACUCUUGCUGGCCAAGAAUGUUGGGAACAGUAAUUUUAAUGAGAUUAUGGAAGGGAAUCUUCCCUAUCCCUCUCCAAAGCCCACUCCGUCCAGUGAUAUGACGGUUCGUAAGGAGUUUAUAAACGCCAAAUACGUGGAUCAUAAGUUUGCGAGGAAGACGUGCAUCUCGGCAGCGGUGAAGAUGAGCGAGCUGUAUGAGGCAGUCAGGUCACGUGACCUGCUGGCCCUCAUCCAGGUGUACGCUGAGGGGGUGGAGCUUAUGGAGCCGCUUCCUGAUGCCGGACAGGAGGCUGGAGAGACAGCAUUGCACUACGCCGUGAGGACAGCUGACCACACCUCACUGCAUCUGGUCGACUUUCUGGUUCAGAACAGUGGAAACCUGGAUAAACAGACCGAGAGAGGAAACACGGCUCUGCACUACUGCUGCAUCUACGAAAAACAUGAAUGCCUCAAGCUUCUCCUGAGAGGCAAACCUGCUACUGACAUCACCAAUCAGAAUGGAGAGACAGCAUUAGACAUAGCCAGGAGAAUGAGGAUCGACCAAAGCGCUGAGGCUUUGAUGCAAGCUGCAGAGGGCAAGUUUAACCCGAAAGUUCAUGUUGAGUACGAGUGGAAUCUUCGGCUGGAGGAGAUGGACGAGAGCGAUGACGAUCUUGACGAUAAGCCGAGCCCAGUAAAGAAAGACAGGAGGCCGCAGAGUUUCUGUCACUCGUCCAGCCUCUCCCCUCAUGAUAAACUCUCUCUGCCGGUUUUCUCCGGUCAUCGUGAUAAGCAGCGUCUCUCCUACAGCUCCUUCACCAAUCAGAUGUACAGCGUCUCCACUGACUGUCCAUCCUCUCCUGUGAGCGACGCCCCGCCUCUGCCGCCCAGGAACGCAGGCAAAGCCCCUCCUCUGGCAUUCCUUGGUUCUCAUUCGCACUAUGCUACUCUGGCUAGCACUCGACCAUACAUCACCCCUCCCUCGUCAUCCUCCCCUCUCUCCCCUGGCUCCCAGAACCCCAGUAACAGCAACUCCACCCUGUCCAAGAAGAGGCCCCCGCCCCCUCCCCCCGGACACAAACGCACGCUGUCUGACCCCCCCACCCCGCUCUCCCAUACCCCUCACUGUAAAGGAAGUGACUCCACCCCCCCUCCCAUUAACAAGAUGUCUCCAAUAGCAAACCGGUUCGAAGGCAUACUACAACAGCAAAGCACUACGUCCAAUACCACUAAAUCUAUGCUUGGUCCAAGGGUCCUUCCCAAACUACCUCAGAAGGUUGCUCUGCGUAAGAUUGACACCAUCCACCACCCGUCUGUGGACAAAUCCAGCCAGCCUCCAGAGCCCCCAGUGCUGUUCCAGAAAUCUACGCAGGGAUCCGACACUCCACAGAAAGUUCCUUUACCCGAGAAACCUCAGCCAGGGGACCUACCCCCAAAACCCCAGCCCUCAGAAUUGCCCCCUAAACCUGGAGAACUGCCCCCCAAACCACAGCUCUCUGACCUGCCCCCCAAACCCCAGCUUGGCGAUUUGCCCCCCAAACCGCAGCUGAAAGACCUUCCACCUAAACCUCAGCUGGCUGACCUCUCUGCCCCUAAACUUGUAGUCCCUGAACCUGUUCACAAGCCCCCUCCUGGAGAGGUGGCCCCCAAACCCGAAUCCCCGGACACGCCGACGUCCAAUCAGCAAGCAGAACUGUCACCUCAGCCCACCCAGCCCACUGAAGACACCAAUGGGAGUCCACCGUGCGCCCCGGAAACACCGGUACCGCUGCCCAGGAAGAUCAGCACAGGAAAGAGUAAAAUGCGACGGGUAAAGACCAUCUACGACUGCCAGGCGGAUAAUGACGAUGAGCUCACGUUCGUUGAGGGUGAGGUCAUCGUGGUCACAGGGGAGGAGGACCAGGAGUGGUGGAUUGGACACAUCGAAGGGCAGCCGGAGAGGAAAGGCGUCUUCCCCAUGUCCUUCGUCCACAUCCUGUCUGACUGACACCCACAAGUCUAUCACCAGCCUGGGCACCACAGCCAGCCCACCUUGUUCAUCUCUUACCAAGAGAAACGCUGUAAAUAGCCGUUGUAACUUCCACAGCAGUUUAAAAAACAGAAAAAAAAAAAACAAACAACCACAAAAAGGAGCAGAAAGCGAAACCCCGUAUUAACUUCCUCACCGUCAAGGAGGUGCAGUGCGACGAGUAUCUAACUUUAUCAGUGUUAUCGUUCCUCUUUAGAACAGUCUACCACAGCCGGGACUGCACCCAGCAUUUAGCCACAUCCUCCACUUCAGCUGUUACUUAAUGCUUUUGUAUAUAACGACUGUACAUAGAUAUCUCGGUGUCGGCUGCACACAAACACAAACACGCCACCGUUCUUGUGUUUGUGUGUAAAUAUAAAACCUUGUGUUAGUGUGGCGAAAAGUAAAGGUGUGUAAUUGUAUUCUGCCUGUCAGCUAACCACACCCAGGGCCAGUUCUGUCCAGUGAACUGUAAAGUAUUAAUGCGGACUGGUCGUCGUUGACAUGUUUGCCUUGCAGAGGAGUAAAAAGUUGUUCUGGACUGUAUUGAUAUUAUUAAGAAUCAAAUGUUUUUACCUCCACAUCUCUCAGCGUACCACUAUAGCACGUCCAAGGAUGGAGUAGUCAUAAGUUGUUUACUAUCUCUCGCCCUGUGAAAUAAUCCAACCUGUGUAAUGCACAACACCCAUUAUCGUGGUUAAACCGUGUCUCCUCGUCUUAUGUCAACAGCUCCCUUCCACCUCCACUGACCUAGGCUCAUCUCUUAUACAGGACGCUGCUCUGAAAUGUCGACCAUUUGCGUAUGUUUACGUUUCGCUCUCCUCCACUGUUCCAGAUCCGGACAGAAUCCACUGAGCUUCUUCUCUUCACCGUCUUUACGAUUAGCAUCGAAGGCAUUGAGAUGAUGAUGAUGAUGAUACUUGAAGCAUUCCAUGCAAGGAAC